GUCUGUUGUAGUUUGUUCAUUGUCGUCUUAUCGUCAGCGUUUGUUUGGUUCGAAAAAACGUUGUUAUCACUGCCGAGCAUUCGGACGCACCGCCGCCAAUAAUCGCCAUUAGCCGCCGUAUAAACAGAUCCACGGGAAAGAGAACGGAACCGCUCACCGGGGAACAAGCCGAAAGAGAGUGACCGUUUCGUACGCGAGAGUGUUGUCAUUUGUAUCGAAAAACGACAACUUCAACGACAAAAUGGCAGGCGGCGUCAUACUCGAGAACUUGAGUGGAAAAAAGCUGUUCGUCCUCGUAUCAUCAUUGCUCUUUUGCCAGCUCGCGUGUUUCCUGAUCGGUGGACUCGUAGCUCCGACACCGUCCGCCACCGAUAUGGUGUUAGCCACGAAGUGUUUGUACAACGACAGCAAUCCUUGGUCGUACAUCAGGGGUGAUGGAAAAUGCUUCUCAUACCAGUCAGACAUAUACAAAGAUAGCCCUCUUGCCAACACGAUGGCCAAUGACAUCGUAUUCACUUUUCAGAUACCUACUCCACGCGAUGGUCAGACAUUGGAUUAUUCUCGAUGGCAACAGUAUCUCAUCGGAGUCCUCAAUUUUGACAUUGAGUAUCAUAUUGACACUAAAAUGGAUCGUAAUCUUGAGUUAACGUUAGAUACCAAACUUGGCUAUCGUAAUGUGGGAGAUAAGGAUGGCGAUUGGAAAUUAUUUGCUACUUCUGUUGAGAAGCGUAAUCUUGAUUGUGUUUCAGAAGAGAGAAUAGAUGGUCAUAAUUAUCAAUGUGGAUUGGUACCGCUUUUUGAACUCGGAUCAUUACAUCAUGAUUAUUAUUUAAUCAACAUAAAAAUACCAGUGGAUGAGGAAAAUGGAAUAAACUUUGGUUUAGGACAUCUAAAAGAUGUUUGGCUUGUGGUUAUUAAUCAAAAUGGCGGUUUUACGAGUGUAUGGCUUUACAUGAAGACAAUAUUUUUCCCGUUUAUUGUUGCAAUAAUGAUAUGGUUUUGGAACAGAGUUCAUAUGCUGGCCCGUAAACCAGUUUUACUUGAACGCAUGUUGAUGACUAUCGGUUUUGCACUAACUCUUUUGAAUCUUCCUGUUGAAUUUUUGACAUUAAGUUAUGAUAUGCCAUUUAUGUUGCUUUUGCAAGAUAUAAGACAAGGUAUAUUUUAUGCCGCAUUACUUUCAUUUUGGUUGAUUUUUGCUGGUGAACAUCUUAUGAUCCAGGAUUCUCAACAAAAAAAUCUGCAGACAUAUUGGAAACAUUUAAGUGCAGUUGCUGUUGGUUGUAUUUCACUUUUUGUAUUUGACAUAUGUGAAAGGGGAGCACAAUUAAAGAAUCCUUUUUACUCCAUAUGGGCGACCAAUACCGGAACAAAUUUAGCUUUAACGUUUAUAAUAUUAGCUGCAAUAUCUGGCGGUAUGUACUUUUUAUUCUUAUCAUACAUGAUAUGGAAAGUUUUCUGUAAUAUAAGCGCUCGAAGAUCAGCAUUGCCAUCUAUGUCAAAUGCCCGAAGGUUACAUUAUGAAGGCAGUAUUUAUAGAUUUAAAUUUUUGAUGAUAGCUACACUAUUAUGUGCUGCCUUAACUGUAAUUGGAUUCAUAUUGGGACAGGCUUCAGAAGGACAUUGGAAAUGGAACGAAACUAAUAAUCUAAACUACGCAUCAGCGUUUUUGGUUGGAGUCUAUGGAAUGUGGAAUAUUUAUAUAUUUGCACUCAUUGUUCUUUACUCUCCUUCUCAUAAGCACUGGCCAUCAGAAAUCGAUGUAAACAACAGUUCCAGUGACACAAUUGAAUUCAGCCGUCUUCCUACUGAGCCAACAGAAAUGUCAUCUCUGGCUUCAUUCUCUAGGAAAUCUGCUUUUGACUGAACAUCUAAAUGCCAUGACAUCUUCCUAUACGAUAAUUUUAAGUUCAUCAUGACAUUUUUUACUUUUUUCCUUAUUUAUUAUAUUUAGGUCUGUGAUAGACAAACACAGUACAAUUAAAGUUAAUUUAAAUUUAAGAUCUUAUUUACAGCAGUAUUAUUUUGUAUUUUUUUUUAGUACUUUUUUACAGUAUUUUUUUUUUAGUAAGAUAAUACUCUUUUUAUAACUACUUUUUUUUAGUACUGCAUAUUUACAUGUAAUGACAUUUAAAAAAUAGAUUAUGCAUUUUAUUAUUGUAUGUAUACAUGCUUAAAUUUCCUGCUUAGAUUAAUAUUAAUUUACAUUUAUAUACAUUUUUUGAGUCACAUUGAAGUAUUGGUAAAUUUAUACUUCGAUUAAGCUAUACAUUUUUUAUUUUUAUUUUUUUAUCUAGAAAAUAAUGCUUAGUCUUUACUCUAUAGAGCUGUUACUACUAGUUUUUUUUAAAUGGUGAUAGUACCUAACAUUGCCACCAUUGCCUCUUGUCCAUUUACAUUCAUGAAUUUUUUUUAUAAAUUACCAACAUAUCAAUUAUUAUUUAUUAAGAAUUUAGAAUAAUAAAACAUACCAAUCUACUCUAUAUUGAAAAUACUUACUGUAUAUCUUAAUGAUAGUAUUAAGAGGAUGUCACACCCGCAUGUGUUGUCUCCGUCUUACAAAUAUAGAACAUAGCAAAAACUGUUUUGUGCGGGAAAAUUUAUCUUGCACCAUAUUUGUUGUAGAACUACCACAUUUUCACAACACGUAAAAAAGUACUUUAUCUGUGCAACAUCGUGCUUUUUUUUUAAUAGCACUAUCCAAUCAUUUUUAUAAGUAAAUGAAAAAAACAAAAAAACCAAAUGUUUAGAAGCAAAUAACUUUUAUUGUAUUUAUGUUAUAUAAAAUAUGGGCACGCUGUUCAGAAAUUUUGGAGCCACAACUACAAACAGAAAGAUAAAAGUUGUCCCGCGCAAAACAGUUUUAUACAAUGUUUUACAUUUGUAAAACGGAGACAACACAUGCAGAUGUGACAUCCUCUUAACUAAUAACACUGUUGCAUGCCAAAACCAACAAUUGUUAAAUAAAUGGAUUAAUUUAACUUAAGUUAAAAUAAUCACUCCAUUUUACUAAGUAUAUAAAUAAAAUAUCAUCAUUUUUCAAAAUGUAUGACUCAUGAUAGUACAAGCGUAAGCUAUUUUUAGUUUAUACUAUCCCUUUGCAGUUUGAGUAGUUUAUUAUAUAUAAUAAAACAGAUAAUGUACUUAUA